GUUUGACCCUGUGAACAGUUUCGAAUAUUGCUUUGGGAGCGAGUUUUGAGGUUGGCUAGAGAAUGAACCCAGGUAGGCUUGUAGAAGUCAAAAGCAAGUUUGGUGCCGAGUUCCGGCGCUUCAGUUUCAUGGCAGAGGAUACACUACAAUACAACGCUUUCUAUUCCCUACUUGAACGUAUUCACAUGUUGUUCAACAUCCCUUUUGUUAUUCAGUAUGUCGAGCCAAAAAACGCAGAUUUACUACCGAUAAGUAAUAACAAGAAUUUCGAAUUGGCUGUAAAUUCUUCGAAGCCUUUACUUAGGAUUUUACUUCAGCGAAAAGGUGAGAGUUACGGAGAAAUUUACGGGUACAAAUCUUCUAAACACGGUUUUAUACAUCGAGGAGCGGCCGACACUCUUCGGAACUUCGGUGGCAGUGACAAGCAUCGUCGAUCUGAAAAACCUGUCAUAAGCGUUAUGAGUGACUUCCACUUGGUCUCAUCGAUACUGGAUGUUGAUAUUAUACCAUGGACAUUAAGACGUGUAAGCUUGAUCCGUUCACCUGGUAAACAGUUUGGUUUAAAUAUUCGUACUGGUGCUAUUCAAUAUUAUACUAAAAAUGGUUAUGAAACUAUCCCAGCUUUUUUUAUAUCUCGUCUAGCCGAAGACGGGAUUGCUUAUAAUACUGGUUUAUUAGCUGUAAAUGAUGAAAUAAUUGAAGUUAAUGGUAUUGAAGUUUACGGUAAAUCAUUAGAUCAAGUCAAUGAUAUGAUGGUUGCUAAUAGUUCAAAUUUAAUUAUUACCAUUCGACCAGCUGAUCAAAGUAUGUGUUUAGUUCCAAGAGAGAUUUCACGUUCAAGAUUUUCACAAAGUUCUGAUCUUUUGUAUGGUCCACGAAAAAAUAUUCCAAUAACUGGACGUAGUUCACCACUAUUAUUAUCAUCAUCAACAACAAAUUAUGCUCAAUCUCAAUCACAAUAUAUCCCAUCUCAAUUAUUAUCAUCAUCAUCAUCAGCUCAUCCAUUAACAACAAAUGUUGUAUCCUCAAAUAAUCAUAAUCCAUUAAAUAGAACAAGUGGAUUUAAUGGUGAUUCAACAAUUCAAAUUAAUGAAGAAAUUGAAAGUGAUGAUGAUAUGAAUGUUGGAUUAAUUACAAUAUAAAUGGAAUUCAUUUCAUUAUUUGUUCUAGUUUAUACAUUCCGAUUCAUUUCAUACAUAUACACAUUUAUAUUUGUUUCAAAUCUCAUAUCAAUUUAUUACAAGGUAAUCAACGUUUAGUACUGUUUUGUUUUUUGUUUUUUUUUCUAUCAAAAAUUUUGUGUUAUACUUAAGGGAUCUAUUGAGUACCCUUCAAUACAAUGGGUUUAUAAAGACUAAAUGAAUUUUGUGCAUUAUCUAUAUGUUGAUUGCAUCUAAGCCGUGUUAUUUUUCCUCCUCCUCCUCCUCAUCUUCUUCCUAUUCUUCCUGAGAAUUCUCUAUAGAGAAAAGUAAGAGCGUAACAUAUCAUCAUAAAUGCAUACAUAUACAUGUAGAUAAUUUAUUUGUGAUCAUCUUUGAAAUAUAACUCUUUCUUCCUUUAUUUCCAUGAUAUAAUUAAACAGUAUUCUAUAAAUAAUCUUUUUAUUUUCAUUAAAAAACAAAAACAAUAAUUAAUUCCAAAGUUUAAAAAGGUUUUUCAUUUUUGUAUUUACUGGUUUGUCUAAUGUUUUUUUUUUCUCUCUCCCUCUCUCUCUCUUCACCUCCCUCCUUCCUUCCCUCUCUUUUUGUAUUUUUAUCUCUGUUCCCUACAUAUGGAUAGAAACAAACAAACAAACAAGCAAACACACACACACACAUAAAACAUACAUUCAAAUAUACAAUUAAGCUCAUACAUAUAUAAAAUUCAAUUUACUAAAUGUUAUUCAUUUGUUUAUUUAAUUUUCUCUUGGAUAUUUCUUUCCGGUUAGUAAAUAGUAUAGUAUAUCUGGUUACCUUUUCUAAUUAUGGAUAGUGGUUGUUUUGUUUUAUUGUUUUCUUUGCUUGAUAUUAUUUCACUGGUUUUUUUUUUAAUGAAUAUUUAUUAUACCUACACAUAUCAAUAGACAUUGCUCAAUCUACUACUUACAAUUGCACAUUAAGUAAUUCUUUUAAUUUAUAUAUUUACUUUUUUUUUUCAAAAAAGAAACAAACAAACAAACAUGAAACUUGACAAAGUCCUUAUUAUAUACUUUGCUUUUGCACCAAGUUGUAUUGUUUACAAAAAAAAGUGAUUUUUAGUUUAAGGUAGUUUUGAUGAAGAUCGUUUAACUUAUUUAUUAGUAGUUUAUUUAGUAGAUUAAUGUCAGAUUAGAAAUCUUCCCAAAAAAAGUAAAUUGCAUAAGUGUUUUCGCCAUAGUAUUCUAUUUAUUUAUUUAUUUACUUAAAUACAUAAACAUUGGUACAAGAAGGUACCAAAUAGAUAUGCGCCACAUUAAUCAUUCGAUUUAUGUGAGGGAUGGGAUACUGGCCGGGUGCCCAAAUCAAAGUAGGUGGUUUUCUUAGGGGGUCAC